GGAAUGGACGCGCGUGCGAGUGCGCGCGCCAGUGUUGCCAGAUUUCACAAAAUAAAUGAACUACUCGUAGUCAGAGCGAUUGAGAGGCAAGUCGGGGGGAUAGCAAAUAAGUGGCUAUUAAAAAUAACUCCAAAAACAGCAACCAACGACUUGAUGGUUUUUUAAAUCGACUUCAGAAAAAAUAAGCCCGAAGUCGUUUUACAAGGCAGCUAUGGCGCGCGAGAGAGUGAGGGGAAACCAUUGCAGAACAUCUCUCUUCCGUAUCUGUGCCGUUAGUUAAUUGUUAUUGCACUAGAAAGGUCGUCGCCAUUCCUUUGCUCCCAAUGAGAUUGUCUUUAUUUAAACUUCGGAAUGAACAGUGAAAGAAAUAAUUCGCACUCGUUUAUUCUAACAGAAACUGGAAUAUUUGACCACCAAGUGGCGCCACGUGAACACAAUCUUGUACGAAUGCUUGCCUGGUUGAUGGUUUUUCGAAGAGUAUCCUAAAGGGUGGAAAGCACAGCAGCACCACUUCGAGGAGGGAUACACGGGAAGAGGAGACCGUAGCUUACACGGCAGUCAGUGGAGCGCGCUCUUUCGAAAGGAACAGACAGCAAAGUGGUUAGGGGAACAGAAGCAAAUCCGCGAGCGUGUGCAGUUCUCUACUAAUGCACGUGAGCAAACGGCAUAGUGGAUGAAGAAAUAGGCUACUUUCUUACGCUUGCUUUACAGCUACGGAGGAAUGUAUCAAAUGCGACGGACUGCAAAUUGGAGGUAUCAGCUCGAUUUUCUUCGUGGUAUCCUGGUUCUGCACGUUGGCUUCGGGAUGUGUGUUACUACUGAACCCCACUCUGAUCCUAGUGCAGUGACCACCGCUUUGUGGAAUGUCUCCAGAGGAACAGAAGAAGCCAUGUCUGUUGUCUCGCCUAGGCUACUUCCUGAAGCUGGAGGCACCAAUGAAUAACAUCACCACAUCCCUGGGCCAGGUGGCGGAGCUGCACUGCCGGGUGUCGGGGAACCCGGCCCCCACCGUGCGCUGGCUGAAGAACGACGCGCCCGUGGUGCAGGAGCCUCGCCGCGUGUCCUACCGGCCCACCGUCUACGGCUCGCGGCUGCGCAUCCGUGACCUGGACACCACAGACACCGGGUACUUCCAGUGCGUGGCCACCAAUGGCUUCAGCACUGUGUCCACCACCGGCAUCCUUUUCGUCAAGUUCGAUCCUCAGCCCACCCCCAUGGCAGGAAGGCCUUCACCGGAUGUGUACGAGGAGGAGGGCUUCUGCCAGCCUUACAGAGGCAUCGCCUGCGCCCGCUUCAUUGGCAACCGGACCAUCUUUGUGGACUCCCUGCAGAUGCAGGGCGAGAUAGAGACCCAGAUUACAGCGGCCUUCACCAUGAUCGGCACGUCGGCCCAGCUGUCAGACCGAUGCUCACAGUUUGCCAUCCCGUCACUCUGUCACUUUGCCUUCCCGGGGUGUGACCAGAGCUCGGGCAGCGAGCGGCCGCGGGACCUGUGCCGGGACGAGUGCGAGGUUCUGGAGAACGACCUGUGCCGGACCGAGUACAUCAUUGCCCGCUCGAACCCCGCCAUCCUAAAACGCCUGAAACUGCCCAACUGCCACCAGCUGGCAGCAGCCCACACUCCUGAAGCCUCCACCUGCAUGAGGAUUGGCAUCCCCCUGGCCACACACAUUGACAAGGAUCGUCACUGUUACAACGGCAGUGGGGUGGACUACCGAGGCACAGUCAGCGUGACCAGGUCAGGAUUACAGUGCCAGCCCUGGAACUCACAGUACCCCCACAGUCACGACUACCUGGCACUGCGGUACCCAGAACUCAGUGGAGGCCACUCCUACUGCCGUAACCCAGGGAACCAGCAGCAGGCGCCCUGGUGCCUGACGCUGAAUGAGGCUGUACGCAUGGAGCUGUGUCACAUUGCUCUGUGUGACACCCAGAAGCAGCCCGGUCGCAGCGGUGUGGAGACGCUGUCCAUUCUGGUCCCCUGCGUGAUCCUUCCCCUGGCCAUCGCCCUGCUGUUCUUCUUCAUCUGCACCUGCCGCAACGCCCAGAAGGCCCAACGGUCGCCUGUCCCACGCCAGCCCAAACCUGUCAGGGGCCAGAAUGUGGAGAUGUCCAUGCUCAGUGCUUGCAAGCCCAAGAGCAAAGCUAAGGAGCUUCCGCUGUCGGCUGUGCGCUUCAUGGAGGAGCUGGGUGAGUGCACCUUUGGCAGGGUGUACAGAGGCCACCUGUACCUGCCAGGGAUGGAGCAGGCCCAGCUGGUAGCCAUCAAGACCCUGAAGAACCCCUCCAGCCCGCAAAUGUGGGGUGAGUUCCAGCAGGAGGUGUCGCUGCUGGCUGAGCUGCACCACCACAAUGUGGCGUCCCUGCUGGGCGUGGUCACGCAGGACAUGCCCGUCUGCAUGCUGCUGGAGUUCCUGAGCCAAGGCGACCUGCGGCAGUUCCUCAUCUCGCGCUCGCCGCACUCGGACGUGGGCGGGGCCAGCAGCAGCGAGGAGGACGGCACGGCGCACUCCGGCCUGGACCACAGCGACCUCCUGCGCCUGUCCGCGCAGGUGGCGGCCGGCAUGGAGUACCUGUCCGGCCGCUCGUUCGUGCACAAGGACCUGGCCGCCCGCAACGUCCUGGUGGGCGAGCGCAUGCACCUCAAGAUCUCGGACCUGGGCCUGUCCCGGGACGCCUACACCUCCGACUACCUCUACGCCCCCAACAGGCGCCCGCUGCCGGUCCGCUGGAUGUCCCCGGAAGCCAUCGCCUGCGGCACCUUCACCACCGACUCUGACAUCUGGGCGUUCGGCGUGGUGCUGUGGGAGAUCUUCAGCUUCGGCCUGCAGCCCUACUGCGGCUUCAGCAGCCAGGAGGUGGUGGACGUGGUACACCAGCGGCAGCUGCUGGCCUGCCCGCCGUCCUGCCCGGCCUGCCUGUACGGCCUGAUGGUGGAGUGCUGGCGGGAGGGCCCCGCCCAGCGGCCUCGCUUCAGGGACAUCCACUCGCGCCUGAGGGCCUGGGGAGCACUCUCGUCCCACACCAGCUCGACCACGCCCUCAGGGGGCAACGCCACCACCCAAACCACCUCCCUGAGCGCCAGUCCCAUCAGCAGCACUGGGAGCCCCCGCUACGCCGGCUACACCUACCCGGCGCACGGCCAAGCCCUGCCCCCACCCCAUAUCGCAGGCUUCGUGGCGGCUCCUUUGCCCCUAAGCCAGAGAUUUGUCCCCGUCAAUGGCUAUGUGGUAUCCCCCGGCUACGCCCCUUUCCCUACGGCCGACCUCCUGCCGCCGGGUCCCACCCGCUCCCCUGCGCACUGCCCGCCCCCCAAAAGCCGCUCCCCCAGCUCCGCCAGCAGCUCUGCCAGCACGGGCCCAACCGGGACCAGUGCGCCCUCCAUCUGCUCCAGCCAUGACACUGCCGUGCCGCUGGUGCCCCAUUGCUUUCCCCGACCCGCAGUCACACACCAAAAGGCUCUGCAGAGUCAAAAGGCCCUACAGGCCAGCCCCACACACGCCACUCUGCACCUCACUGACCCUAGCCGGCACAGCUUUGAUGAAUCCAGCAUAACUGCCCACUUGUAGCCCAGUAUUUUUGUACAUUUCCUUUUUUUUUAUUUUAUUUUUUACAAAUAAUUAUUUAACUUUUUUAGGAGGGGUGGGGGGUUAUUGGGGCUGUACAUAUGAAAGCCUUGAAUGGCAUUCACAGAUUUAUAAGUUUUUUUAUAAUUAAAAUGUACAAAAAAAUGUAUUUAAAAAAAACUAUUAGACUGCGUUGUACUGCAACUGUACUAGUUUGCUUCCGAUGCUAUCGUGUGUCAGUUUCCUAUUUUGCCACAGAAACUGUUGCUAGCCAGCCAUUUAGAGGCAGCACAUUUCUACUCACUAUAAGUUUUAUUUUUUGUAGAAAGGAGCAAAGACCAUCAUACUUAAAAGCAUUAGAUCCAAUUUGUAGAUGUGGAAGCUGUUAAAAAAAAUACUGCGAGGAACUUUGAGAGCUUGUACUUUUGUUGCCAACGGCAAAGAUCAAACUACAUUACUUGCUGGUGAAGUAUAAUCUUCUGCCAGACCAGUCAGUUCCUUCACUUUAUAUUGAGUAGAAGCAGCCUGUUAAUGUGUAUUAUCUUUUAGCGAAUUCUUUAAGUCAUGCAAAGCAGGAUGAGCAGGCUAUGAUAUACUGUACAGUUUAUGUAAUAUGUUGGCAGUUGUUGCUGCCUUGUGACUUUGCUACAGAUUUUCUUAUUUCAGAAUGGUCUCUUAUGUUCUUUUCUUUAUGGUAGUUCCCUGUAAAGACCAGAGAAACUUUAUACCGAAGGGUCAAUCUUAGUUUGAUUCGUUUUCUAUUUUUAGCGAAUGUACUCACCUCUUGUUUAAUUAAAAAUGAGUUGGAACAUUUUCAUGUGUUUACAAAUGAAA